UUGAGCAGGCAACGUGACGCAUACCCUAACCCAGCGAGAGGACCCUCCCACUCGGCUUGGAUCAUGGCUGCAGCAGGACUCCGCCAAGCCGGCUUUGGUACACGUCUAAGAAUGUGGUUGCUGUGGGUGUCCCUGCUGUCCAUGCUGUCAUUGGUGUCUGGCAGUGCAGAUUCAAAGGCUGUGACCACCACCCUCACCACUAAGUGGACAGCCACUCCGCUGCUUAUGGAAGCCAGUGAGUUCCUGGCUGAAGAAAGCCAGGAGAAGUUCUGGGACUUUGUGGAGGCCAAUCAGAACACAGAAGGAGAACAUGAUGACACAGAGCAGGCCUACUAUCAGAUGAUCCUGAAGAGGGCGGGUGCCCUCCUGAGCUCCGUCCACCUCAACAUGCUGAAGUUCGCCCUCUCUCUCCGGGCCUACUCGGCUACUGUGCACUCCUUCCAGCAGAUCGCAUCCAACGAGCCCCCGCCUCCCGGCUGCGCGGCGUUCUUCAGCGUUCACGGGCUCAAGGCGUGCGACGCCCAAGACCUGGAGGGGCUCUUGGAAACAGCCCCCACCAGGCCGAAGCCGUUCCUCUUCAAGGGCGACCACAGGUUCCCCGGGUCCAACCCGGACGCCCCAGUGGUCAUCCUGUACGCCGAGGUCGGCUCGCCAGCGUUCAGCAGCCUCCACCGGGCGGCCCAGGCCCAGGCCCAGGACGGACGGGCGCUGUACGUCCUCCGCCAUUACCUGGCUAAACCCAGCCCUAACAAGGUGUUCCUCUCUGGGUACGGCGUGGAGCUGGCCAUCAAGAGCCAGGAGUACAAGGCAAAGGACGACACCCAGGUCCAAGGGGCGGAGGUGAACGCCACCAUGAUCGAGAACGACCCAGUGGACGAGGUCCAGGGGUUCCUCUUUGGAAAGCUCAAGACGCUGUAUCCAGAGAUCAAGGAGCAGCUGAAGGAGCUGAGGAAACACCUGGUGGAGAGCACCAAUGAGAUGGCUCCCCUCAAAGUCUGGCAGAUGCAAGAUCUGAGUUUCCAGACGGCUGCUCGUAUCCUCUCAGCCCCGGCUGCAGAAGCCCUGAAUGUGAUGAGAGACCUGAGUCAGAACUUCCCCACCAAGGCGAGGUCCAUCACCAAGACGGUGGUCAGCGCCGAGGUCCGCAAAGAGAUCGAGGAGAACCAGAAGUUAUUUAAGGGCUCUCUGGGUCUGCAGCCGGGGGACUCGGCCCUGUUCAUCAACGGGCUGCACAUCGACCUGGACACACAAGACAUCUUCAGUGUGUUCGAGGUGCUCCGCAGCGAGACCACCGUGAUGGAGGGCCUGCGCUCGCUGCACGUGGACACGCCCCACAUCCACGACGUCCUGAAGCUCAACGUGCAGCCGUCGGACUCGGACUACGCCGUCGACAUCCGCCACCCCGCCAUCAACUGGAUCAACAACCUGGAGACGGACCACCGCUACAGCUCCUGGCCUUACAACGUCCAGGAGCUGCUGAGGCCCACCUUCCCCGGGGUCAUCCGACAGAUCCGCAAGAACUUCCACAACCUGGUUAUUGUUCUGGACCCAACUCAGGAAAACGCUGCAGAACUUCUUAAUGUCGCUGAGAUGUUCUACACAAACAACAUCCCACUGAGGAUAGGCCUGGUGUUCGUGGUGUCGGACGAGGACGACGUGGACGGGAUGGAGGACGCGGGUGUGGCGCUGGUCCGGGCCUACCACUACAUGUGCCACGAGGUGGACAGCCAGAGCGCCUUCGAGGCCGUCAUAUCCAUGUUCAACCAGGUGGUGCCGGGGGGGCGGCUGAGCGUGGGUGACGUGGUGAAGGUGCUGGAGAAGAGGUACCCCUACGUAGAGGUCAGCAGCAUCCUGGGAGCCGACUCCAGCUACGAGGCCAACAGGAAGGAGGGGCGGGGCUACUACUCGCAGACGGGGCUGGGGCCGCUGCCCGUGGUGAUGUACAACGGGAUGCCCUUCCAGCGCGAGCAGCUGGACCCCGACGAGCUGGAGACCGUCACCAUGCACAAGAUCCUCGAGACCACCACCUUCUUCCAGAGGGCCGUCUACCUGGGGGAGCUGGCCACCGACCACGACGUGGUGGACUUCAUGAUGAACCAGCCCAACGUGGUGCCGCGCAUCAACCCCCGAGUCCUGGACACCAGCAGGACCUACCUGGACCUGUCCGACACCAACAACUUCUUCGUGGACGACUAUGCCCGCUUCUCGACCCUGGAUACCAAACAAAGGAGUACGGCCGUGGCCAACAGCAUGAACUACAUGACCAAGAAAGAUGACGGCUUCGUCCGUCCCGUCACCUUCUGGGUGGUGGGAGACUUCGACCAGCCGUCCGGACGCCAGCUGCUCUACGACGCCAUCAAACACAUGAAAAGCAGCAACAACGUGCGUCUGGGGAUGAUCAACAACCCGUCGGCGGCGGUCACGCCCGAGGGCAGCCGCGUGGCGCGCGCCGUCUGGGCGGCCAUGCAGACGCAGACCGCCAACAACGCCAAGAACUUCAUCACCAAGAUGGCCAAGGAGGACACGGCCAGGGCGCUGGAGGCCGGCGCAGACAUACGCAGCUUCGCCGUCGGGGGGAUGGACAUGGACCUGUUCCAGAGCGCGUACGACGGGCCCAAGCUGGACUUCCUGCUGUCACACAGCGUCUACUGCAGCCACGCCCUGAAGCUGAGGAGAGGCCAGAGGGCCGUGGUCAGCAACGGAAGAGUCAUUGGUCCGCUGGGAGAGGAGGAGGUCUUUAACCAGGAUGACUUCCUGCUAUUGGAGAGCAUCAUCCUCAAGACCUCCGGAGAGCCAAUCAAAACCAAGGUCUUGCAGUUUGGAAUCGAGGAGGACCGGGCCAGUGACUUGGUGAUGAAGGUGGACGCUCUGCUCUCCGCUCAGCCCAAGGGAGAAGCCCGGGUGGAGUACGGCUUCGCUGACGACCGCUUCAGUGCUGUGAAGAUCCGGCCCAGAGAGGGAGAGGUCUACUUUGAUGUGGUUGCCGUGGUGGAUCCUGUAACCAGGGACGCCCAGAAAGUAGCUCCACUGCUGCUGGUUCUGAAGCAGCUGGUGAACAUCAAUCUGAGGGUCUUCAUGAACUGUCAAUCCAAACUGUCUGACCUGCCUCUCAAGAGCUUCUACCGCUACGUGCUGGAGCCGGAGGUGGGGUUCCAGGCGGACGGCAGUGUCUCGGCGGGGCCCCUAGCCCGCUUCCUGGACAUGCCCCAGACGCCCCUCUUCACCCUGAACCUCAACACGCCCGAGAGCUGGAUGGUGGAGUCGGUGGGCACGCGCUACGACCUGGACAACAUCUACCUGGAGGAGGUGGACAGCAUCGUGGCGGCCCAGUACGAGCUGGAGCACCUCCUCCUGGAGGGCCACUGCUUCGACGUGAGCACGGGACAGCCCCCCCGCGGGCUGCAGUUCACCCUGGGGACCGCCUCCGAGCCCGUCAUCGUGGACACCAUCGUCAUGGCGAACCUGGGAUACUUCCAGCUGAAGGCCAACCCCGGAGCCUGGACCCUGAAGCUGAGGAAAGGACGCUCAGACGACAUCUACAAGAUCUACAGCCAUGACGGUACAGACUCCCCGGCAGACUCCGAUGACAUCACCGUGGUGUUGAACAACUUCAAGACCAGGGUCAUCAAAGUCAAGGUGCAAAAGAAGGCGGACAAGAUGAGCGAGGAGCUGCUGAGCGACGGCACCCCGGAGAACGACUCGGGCUUCUGGGAGUCGCUGACCAGAGGGUUCACAGGCGGGGUGAAGACAGAGGAGCCCAAGCAGGAGAAGGACGACGUCAUCAACAUCUUCUCUGUGGCAUCGGGUCACCUGUACGAAAGAUUCCUCAGGAUCAUGAUGCUGUCGGUUCUGAAGAACACUCAGACUCCCGUCAAGUUCUGGUUCCUCAAGAACUUCCUGUCACCGGCCUUCAAGGAGUCCAUCCCCCACAUGGCGCUGGAGUACGGGUUCCAAUACGAGCUGGUCCAGUACAAGUGGCCCCGCUGGCUGCACCAGCAGAGGGAGAAGCAGCGGAUCAUCUGGGGCUACAAGAUCCUCUUCCUGGACGUGCUCUUCCCGCUGGCCGUCGACAAGUUCCUGUUUGUGGACGCCGACCAGAUCGUACGUACGGACCUGAAGGAGUUGCGUGACUUUGACCUGGAGGGCGCCCCCUAUGGCUACACGCCGUUCUGCGAGAGCCGGCGGGAGAUGGACGGAUAUCGCUUCUGGAAGUCUGGCUACUGGGCCAGUCACCUGGCGGGCCGGAAGUACCACAUCAGUGCUCUCUACGUGGUGGACCUGAAGAAGUUCCGUAAGAUCGCUGCCGGAGACCGACUCAGGGGGCAGUACCAGGGCCUCAGCCAGGACCCCAACAGCCUCUCCAACCUCGACCAGGACCUUCCCAACAACAUGAUCCACCAGGUGCCCAUCAAGUCCCUCCCUCAGGAGUGGCUGUGGUGCGAGACCUGGUGCGACGACAGCUCCAAGAAGAAGGCCAAGACCAUCGACCUGUGCAACAACCCUCGGACCAAGGAGCCCAAGUUGCACGCGGCGGUCCGCAUCGUCCCGGAGUGGGCCGACUACGACCAGGAGGUCAAACGGCUCCUCAGCAGGGUCCAGGAGAGACAGCACACAGACCCCCAGACCCCCACCGGGACACAGCCCAGCGGCACAGAUCCCCACAUAGAGUUGUAGUGUCCUGGGACGGCCAGGGCAGAGGUGGUGGGUUGGACUCUGUUUAAAGAGUCCCCUACUCUCUCCUCCUCCUCCACCCCCUCUCUGCUCCUCUUCUCCUCCUUGGGAGCAGCCUGCUGAUAGACAGGCCGCAAGCCGCUCCUAAAUGAUGGACCCCUUGUUCUGAUGAUUAAUUUCGCCCUUUUUUUAUACAGUGUAGUCUGGAACUAUUUGUGUGUUUGUGCCUGUGUUUGAGCGUGUGUGCGGGUGCGUGACCGGGUGUAUGUGUGUAUGUGCGUGGGUAAGUGUGUGCCCAUGGGGGUUAUCGAGAGUGUAGCGCAUCACGUAGCACGGUGGCUGACGUGUUGCUGUGCGUUCGGUCGUGAGGAACGCUGCUCUGUUUCUUGGUGUUUGUUUUGUUUGUUUGUUUCCGGCUGUAUGGGGAAAAAGUUGUACCGUUCCCUAGCCGGUGAAAUAUUUUGAAAUAUCGAAGAUAGAAAUGCUAAACUAGAUAACAGAUCACCAUCCAAUAGCGCAAACACUCUGGACCAGACUCAUGUUUUGAUGUUCCUUAGUCUUCGGUGAGUCUUAAGGGGAUUUCUCUUUUUUUUUUUUAUAAUGGCUGUUUCUUAGAUGGUGGUACGAUGAUUACCGUACGACGAAGCCUCGACCAGAAGUACUUGAGAAAGUUGCAAUACAUUGCGACAGUACAUUUUAUAUAAACUUUCCCAAAGCCGUAGAGAAUGGCCGUCCAGAAUCGAAUAGCAUUCUCAUAAGUUAUCUUUAACCAAGACAUCUAGUACCCAUCAUCUCUUACUGUAAUUUGAGUCCAUCUCUCUCCCGUGAACAGGGACACCUGAUGUGCUCCUGUAAGUCCUGUGGUCCUAAACGACCCACCCCCAGACAAUAAAGACUCAGCCAACAUCA